CAAAAUCUCCCCUGUUGCAUGUUAUAUAAUAAUGUGCUAAUAAUCUGCAAUUCCCCAAUUUGCGACUGACUUUUGUCAAAAGUUGCACGUGCUAAUGUGACAUACAUAAGGGACAGUGUGCCAAUGACAGGAUUUGUGUCGAUGACGGAAAGGUAAAUGUGGUUCCCACGCGACCCACUUACAAUUUCCCAGUGACCCUCAAUUUUCUCUCCGUGUUCCGAGGAAGACCACAGCGAUCAAGGAAAUGCUCCGAAAUGUGAAGUCCAUGAGACAGGUAUAAAGCAGGUACCCGCACUGACAGAGAAGACAGCGAGGACAGGUUCCCUCAGCCAAGAGAAGACAGCAAUCGUUUCCAGCUUCAAACGCGAACCUUCUCAGCGAUGGCGAAAGUGGGCAUGGCCGCUCCAGCUCUGCUGCUGCUCCUGGUGGCAUUGGUGUCUGAGGGUGAAAUGGGUCCUGUGAGAUGCUGUUUAUCUUACAGUGAAAAACCUUUCCCCGUUGCUCUGUUACACCACUAUCACAUCCAGGACAUCAGAGGUUCCUGUAACAUUGAUGCUGUGGUCUUCACUACUGUGAGGGGGAGGAAGAUCUGUGCCAACCCUAAUGACCAGUGGGUCCAGGAGGCUAUGGAGCACAUACAGGACAAGAAGGGAGCCUGAUGCUGCCACCUGUGUGACCUCUACGAGGUCAAACUAGACUUGGAACCAGUUCUGCUUUCAUCUGGGAUCCUUGACAGCACCACACAAGUUUGGAACCACAGAUGUUAUUAUGUCUCUGUUCUACUUUUAGAACGUCUUUCAAUUUCUGUUUAAUUUCGUAAGAAAUGUUUUUUUUUCCCCCAGUUUUUUUCCAAAGACGUAUUCAGUAUGUAUAUACCUAAAUAGUUUGUGAACUAUUUAUAAGUGGUGCAAGAAUUUAUCAUGUAAAUUAUUUAAGAUAUAAAUACAUUUUCAAGGCAUGCCAUAUUUGAUUGAUUGGUACAUUGUCUUACUGUACAGGCAUCUUUACAAACAUGGUUUCCAUGGUCAUUUCCAAACUGAGCUGAAUUACAGAGAGUUACAGAUGGAAUUAGAGUUUGCAGAUCCACCGCCAUAUAAUCAUUUGUGAUGUCAUCACUGUCUACGUUUCUUUGGUGUUCCAACACAAUAAUAACAUGUACAUUUCCAACUGCACAGCUUUA